GUGAUUCGUGCGAAGAGUGAAAUUAAAAAAAAGAAAAACUUUCAAGCCUCAAAAUGAAAGCCAUAUUCUCCAUUGUGCUUUUGGUGUGCUUGUUGGGUGUAUUUUAUGCCCAAGCACAGGAAGUCCGAUGCCCAGAUAGAGUACCAAGAGAAGACGAGGAAGCCAUUCUCAUUCCUCAUCCCACCAACUGCAAACAUUACUUCGUCUGUGACUAUGGCCGACCGAUUGUGAUGAAGUGUCCUGAUGACUUACACUUCAAUCCCACAAAAAAAGUUUGCGAUUUUCCGUUUCAAGCUGGAUGCAUUGUUUAUCCCUAAUCAGUUUAUAUCUACAAUGAUAGAAUUGCCUGCAACAUAUACCGAUGUGUGGACCGCUAUUGUAUUGUGUUAUUGUAUUACGUUAUCACUGCACGGCUUAUACAAACGACAUUAUAUUGUACAUACUUUUUAAUGAAUAAAUUAUCCAUUGCUUAAUAUUA